AUGCCGGCCCCUUACGACACUAACACAACUGCCACCGAGCUAGUCAUCGACUAUGCGUCUAUCAUUGAAGGCAAAACAAUCCUUGUUACAGGUGUAUCAUCAGGAUCGUUAGGCAACUUUUAUGUCCAAUCCAUUGCCAAAGCCAACCCCGCAUGCCUGAUACUCGCGGGCCGAAGCACCAGCAAACUAGAGCAAUGCGCCAAAGAGAUCACCGCCGACAACCCAAAUAUCGAAGUCAGCACUUUGGAAAUUGACCUGAGCUCCUUCGACAAUGUUCGCCGUGCUGCAGACCAGGUCAACAGUUGGGAUGGCAUCCCUGCCAUUGAUGUACUAGUCAAUAAUGCCGGCAUAAUGGCGGUGGAGUACAAGCUCUCAGUGGAUGGAUUCGAGUCGCACUUUGCUACAAACCAUCUGGGACCGUUCCUUUUCACGAACUUGAUCAUGAAUAAGAUUUUGAAGUCGGCAAGCCCGCGCAUAGUCAUCGUUACUAGCGACGGGCACAGAAUGAGUCCGAUUAGAUUUGGUGAUUACAACUUUGACGGAGGCAAAACUUACAACAAAUGGGUUGGAUACGGGCAAUCCAAGACUGCGAAUAUGCUGAUGGCGCUGUCGCUGGCGAACAAACUUGGCGUCAAGCAUAGCUUGCAGGCAUUCUCGCUACACCCCGGCGCGAUCUCGACGAAUCUGAGCGCACACCUGGACAUGAAUGUUGACAUACAGGGACUUCUUUCCGUCUAUCGACAGCUAGGCGAAAAGGAGGGCUGGGAAGAUCAAGCCUUUACUCUUAAGACAAUUGAUCGCGGCACUGCGACUCAUAUUUACGCUUCAUUCGAUCGUUCUCUUAAAGCAAAUAACGGGGCGUACCUCAUCGACUCGCAUGUCGCAGAUCCUCUGGUGGAUAUUGUUAAGCCAUGGGCCACCAACAACAUUGAAGCUGACAAACUUUGGGUGCUCAGCGAGAAGCUAGUUGGCCAAGAAUUCUCUUACUAG